CCAGCCUGCCUCGGAGCAGGGCUUCCUCCGGCGGUAGGAGUCACUCGUAGGGCCGGGAGGACCAAAAAGAUGCAGAACCACUGACUGUGUAGCAAAUGCCCGGAAAAGACUUGGGAGUUCAUUUUUAUACUGGUGAAGAUCAAUUAUAAAUUUCUUCUACUGAGUUGUGAAAUUCUGUUUAAUCUUCAAACUGGCGAUGUCAAGGGUGCCGAGUCCUCCUCCUCCGGCAGAAAUGUCGAGUGGACCUGUAGCAGAGAGCUGGUGCUACACUCAGAUCAAGGUGGUCAAGUUUUCCUACAUGUGGACCAUAAACAACUUCAGCUUCUGCCGAGAAGAAAUGGGUGAGGUCAUCAAAAGCUCAACCUUUUCAUCUGGAGCCAAUGAUAAACUCAAAUGGUGUUUACGUGUGAACCCUAAAGGCUUGGAUGAAGAAAGUAAAGAUUAUCUAUCCCUCUAUCUGUUGCUGGUGAGCUGUCCAAAAAGUGAAGUUCGAGCAAAGUUCAAAUUCUCCAUCCUGAAUGCUAAAGGAGAAGAAACAAAAGCAAUGGAGAGCCAGCGAGCAUAUCGAUUUGUACAAGGCAAGGACUGGGGAUUCAAAAAAUUUAUUAGGAGAGACUUUCUUUUGGAUGAAGCCAAUGGACUUCUUCCAGAUGACAAACUCACUCUCUUCUGUGAGGUGAGUGUGGUACAGGACUCUGUCAAUAUCUCCGGCCAGAACACUAUGAACAUGGUGAAGGUACCAGAGUGCCGCUUGGCAGAUGAGUUGGGAGGACUCUGGGAGAAUUCACGCUUCACGGACUGCUGUCUGUGCGUUGCAGGCCAGGAGUUCCAGGCUCACAAAGCCAUACUAGCAGCACGUUCCCCAGUUUUCAGCGCCAUGUUUGAGCAUGAGAUGGAAGAGAGUAAAAAGAAUCGGGUUGAAAUCAAUGAUGUGGAGCCUGAAGUUUUUAAGGAAAUGAUGUGCUUUAUUUACACGGGGAAGGCACCAAAUCUUGACAAAAUGGCUGAUGACUUGCUGGCAGCUGCUGACAAGUAUGCUCUGGAACGUCUGAAGGUGAUGUGUGAGGAUGCACUGUGCAGUAACCUGUCUGUGGAAAAUGCAGCUGAGAUCCUCAUUCUAGCUGACCUACAUAGUGCUGAUCAACUGAAAACUCAAGCAGUGGACUUCAUUAACUAUCAUGCUUCUGACGUCAUGGAGACAUCAGGCUGGAAGUCUAUGGUAGUAUCGCAUCCCCAUUUGGUGGCUGAGGCAUACCGCUCUUUGGCCUCUGCACAGUGUCCCUUUCUGGGACCCCCACGUAAGCGACUGAAGCAAUCCUAAAGUCCUGUCUGUCACACCGCCCCAUGUUUUUCUGGAAGCAGCAUCAGCUGUUGCUGCUGUAACCUUGACCACCAGGUAGACAGCGAAAUCUGUGGAGCUUUUACUCUGUUGUUGGGGGGAAGAGACUGCUUCGUGACACCCAGACUUUUUAAAACAGCACCAAGUAACUUGGGGAGAGGGGGGAGGGUGGGCCUGGGGCUCUGGGGCUGUUCAACCUAAUGAAUCCCUGUCGCUGCAUCGUCUGUGUGUUCCCUUCGACUUGGCUGAGUCAAUUAAGUACAGGGUUCGGUUUAGGCACCGACCCAAGUCGGAAUAACCCAGCAGUGGUACUGGGGAAAACAACGUCUCUGCGUCUGGCAGCACAGAACAAAUCGUCAGAUGCCUGGAGCAAGAGGACAUUUUAGCUUUGGAGAGCGUUGGAGGGUUAAAAAGAAUUUCCAGUGAGGUUCUGGAAAGGAAGUACCUGAUGGGAGCUCCAGUAAUAUUUAUAUAAAAAAAAAAAAAAAAAAAAGAAUUUAAGUCCUUCCAGCUGAGCUAAAAACUGGACGUUUGUGUAACUCCUUAUUGCCAUCCAGCAACAAGAAGAUCAGUUUCUCUGUUAGUAGCACUUGUAUGUUAAUUGCAAAAAAAAAAAAGAAAA